AUGGCCGAAGUAUUUGUAGCGAUCGUUCGCUUGAAGAUCAGUGCUCUUUCCGACAGAAAAAUUCCGACCGGUCUGGAUUAUGAAAUUUGUGUGAAAGGGGAGCCGGCGACGGUGAAAAGCUUUGGAAAUCAUAAGGAUUAUAGUAUCACUAAGCGGGUGACGGUUGGCGGUCACACCAUUGGUGAGAAUGUCUUCAAGCUUCCACUCCUUUCGUUUGAACCUUCGCGUGUUUCGACUGUCGAGGACAUGGUUCAUGAUUUUUUCAGCAGAACCGGAAAUUCGAUUCGCCGAGUGGUUCGCGUCAAACUCAACGACGAUAAUUUCGGGCAACCGUCAUCCUCAUCGUCCAUCAGGCAUAUUCCGGGUUUAUCGUUAGCGUGCGUGCCUGUAUUUGUGAAAGAAAACGUCGAAGUUGCCUACUCGCACUAUGAAAAUCUACAAAAAUUGGUUAAUUUGUGUCAUACUCAGCCGGAGAUGUUUGAGGUUCAUACAAAGCAUAUGAUAUUGAUAUUGGAAAGAUGGUUGAUAAGCUCCCAACAAAACGACGAGCAUUUUAUUUCGGGUCUUUUCAUGCGAGAAGCAUGUCGAACUCGAAUGAAACAAUGCGCGCACAAUCCAGUGUACAUAGAUCUUCUCGAAUGCUUCCGAAACAAAUCAUCAAGUGUCCGCAGCAACAAUUCAUCGGCUGACCUUGACGACACGGUUCAUAGUGCAAAUUUCGCCCGACUGGUGAUGCUCCGCUACAACAAAUUCGACAUAGUUGUCAUAAAUCCGGCCUAUGAUCCAAACUGCGAACAAAUUAAUAGCCGAUAUUAUUUCGUAGGAAUGAAUAAAGCUCGAGUGCAGCGUGCAAUAUCGACUAGCUCGCAAGAUUAUUGCGCGAGAAUGUUUCCGCUGCAUAAAGCUGCUGAAGAUGGGAAUUUGGAAGAAGUCAAACGCCUUCUGAAUCUCGGCGCCGACACUAAUAAGAGAGAUGAUGAUUGCUGGACGCCGCUUCAUUACGCCUGCUUUUAUGGACAUUUGGAAAUCGUUGUGGUCCUUUUGAACUCCCCAAAUAUGAUUUCAAUAAAUGCUCAAAAUAAUGGCGGUGCGACAGCUCUUCACUACGCUGUGAUCAACGGCAACGAGUAUCUCGUCGAGCUUCUCACCUCGCACGCCUCAAUUGACAUUAAUAUCCGAAAUAACGAUGGUCUGCGCGCAAUUGAUUAUUGCACGAAUCAUCCGAACAUUCGAGGAAUCAUUGAAAUGCAGCUGUAUAAGACGAAAAUCAAUGUGGACUCGAUCAUCGGCGCGUUCAGCAUUAAAUCGAAACAUCCCGAAUUUGCGACGGUUGCCGAGAUUUUGGAGCGAUUGGCCGUGGAGACGCACUUGCAAAUCGAGCAAAUGGCGUGCUUUGCGAUUUUCAUCUAUUCUGAUUCAUUGUCUCUUCAACUUCGGCCGGAUUCUUUGAUUCAGGAGAUGCUGAAGGUUGACAAAUGGAAUUCGACAAUACGAAAGAUUAUUCCGAAUGCGGUUAAGAAUGAGACGCCACGCUUGAAACUUCGGCGAAACGCCUACGCAACCGCCGGAAUGGAAUUGAAACUAGUAGAAUAA